ACAGAUGCAGUCUGAACUAUAGUUAGGUUCCAGGAGUGUAUACCAGUAUUCAGAUAGGAAAAAAAUUGCUUAAACUUCCUUGACUUUGACAGUUUCCUUUGGUAAUUGGUCCAAACAACAGAAAUCUUGCGAAACAACAGCAGAGAUGACGCAGAAGAAGGUCACCCCGGUUCAAAUUGUUGAAGGAAACAUUCCUCCAAGUUAUGAAGAGGCAAACGCAGGAUGUCCUGGUUACUAUGGUGGUGGGACAUUUUCUUGGGAUGACAUCCAUAUUAGACAAAUCUUUAUACGAAAGGUUUAUUCAAUUCUGAUGAUACAGCUCUGUACCACAUUGGCAGUUAUUGUACUCUUCACAUUCUAUGCUCCAAUGAGGAUUUAUAUUCAAUCACAUCCUGUUUUAUACUCAAUGUCCAAUCUUCUGUUUCUUGUCACAUAUAUCUUAUUGGCAUGCUGUGGUGAUUUAAGGAGGCAGUUUCCAUGGAAUCUCAUUCUACUCACAAUUUUUACAUUAAGCAUGGCUUGCAUGUUGGGCUUUAUCUCCAGUUUCUACAACACAAAGUCUGUAGUGCUGUGCAUAGGUAUCACUGCCCUAGUGUGUUUGUGUGUCACCAUCUUUAGUUUUCAGAGCAAGAUUGACAUCACUUCUUUCCAAGGUCUUCUCUUUAUUCUAUGCAUGGUGAUGUUUUUCUGUGCUCUUGUAAUGGGAUUGGUGGUUCCCUUUGGCUAUGUUCCUUGGUUACAUGCUGUGUAUGCCAGCAUAGGAGCUGUUGUUUUCACCAUGUUCUUGGCCUUCGAUACACAGCUGUUGAUGGGAAACAAACAAUACACCAUAAGUCCUGAGGAAUAUGUCUUUGCCACUCUUAGUCUUUACCUGGACAUUGUGUACUUGUUUACAUUCCUGUUAGAUAUAUUUGGCUAUGGAAGAGAAUAAACCACUGUUGGUAAAUAUUUUCUAUUGUGUAGAAUAUUAAGAGCUUAUGCUCUAAACGGCAACAUUAGUUUUUUUUAGAAUAACAUGUGGCCUUUUUUAUACUAUUAGAUAAGGAAAAUAAACAGUGCAAAUGAUCUCGCCCUUGCAGAAAAGACACAUGAAAUUUCCAUGUAUAAAAAAACACACAUUUCACACGUUGACAGAUUGGGUUAGUUUAUGAAAAGUAUUUUUUAUUUAGUUUCUGUGCUAGUUUAAGGAUGGUUGGAUGAGAAUUCAUUGUAACAGACUAUUAUUUUACCAACACGCUUAUUGUGUCAUAUAAUUAU